GUUAUCCUGAUGGAUCAGCUUCCAGACUUACUCAACUAUAAGUUGUUUCUUGAGGAACACAAAAAUACAACACAUUUUAAUCUAUCUGACGCUAGUGAUAUUCUGACAGAAUUUGAGAAGAACCUGUAUACAUUUGACAAGUUUUCUACUGUCGUACUACUUUCGUUGUAUAUACCGACGUUUGUAAUCGGAUUAGUGGGUAACAUACUUAUCAUCGUAUCGGUGUCAGCAGAAAGGGCAAGAAAAGCGAAUCUUUAUUUUCUCGUCAAUUUAGCACUUGCUGACCUGGCGGUGACUGUGUUAUGUAUACCAACAUCUAUAGGAACUCUUGUAUACAAACUGUGGGUAUACGGAAGAUUCCUUUGCAAAUUUACAGCAUUUAUUCAAGGUGUUGCUGUUGCCGUCAGCAUAUAUUCUAUGACAGCGAUGUCUGUUGACCGCUAUAUUUCACUACAACACCCUGUUGCGGCUCAGAAGAUGACGUCUGCAUGCCAAUCAUGUGUCCUACUGUUGUUUAUGUGGAUUGCAGCCGCAGUAUUUAUGGGGCCACUUAUCUAUAUCCGAGAUAUUGAUAUGUUGAAGGAUGUGCCAUUUCUACGACCACUUCCGUUCUGUAUCGAGGAAUGGCCACACGACAGAGACAGACAAGCAUAUGGCGUGUUUUUAUUAUUCGUCGUUUUCAUAAUCCCUGCAUUUACAAUCUCAAUUUGCUACGGAAAUGUCGGGAAAGCUCUCUGCACUAUUGAGCGGCACCAGCGCGUAAGCUCGGAUGGAAGCACCCAAAGACUCGUUUCACGCCAAAAAGCAGCCCGUAUGGUUAUUAUUCUUAUCUGUGUGUUCAUGAUUUGCUGGUUACCGUAUAACAUUAUUUCAACUCUGUCAGACCUUUACGAAAAUGUACGGAUGACAAAUGCGUUACCAUUUGUUCUCUGGUUGGGACAUGCUCAUAGUGCUUUCAAUCCAAUGUUGUAUUGGUCAUUGAAUAGGCGUUUCCGUGACAGUGUACACAGGCUGGUAAAGGUUGUUAAAAUCACUGGAUGUUCAAGUGAUUCUACACAGACUGUAUCUUUACCUCAAUAUGUAUAAACAGAUUCAAACAAACGUAGAUUAGAUUGUACCAAAAGAAUUUGCUUUAUAUCAGUGUAUAUAAAAUAAGUCAUUUUGUGUUAUACAAACCAAGUACAUUACAAAUGUGUUCAUUUCAUACACUUUAUCGUGAAAUUGAAAAACAGUCCAACUUAAUACAAUAAUUACAUGCGUUGGAAAGUGUCAAAUACUAGCUCAUUUAUAUAUUGUCGUUUUAAAAGAAAAUC